ACGGCGCACGAGUUUAGUCGUACUUUGUCAAGCCCUUGCAGCGGGGCAGAGUAUCGCUUGUGUAAUUCGCGUAAUAGUCACUGGAAUACUGCAAAUAUUUCACCGCAAAUGCUUCAAAAUGGAUGGGUAGAUACUUCGAAUUGGAGUCCAUGAAAUGACAGGGUUGAAUUUCGACGAUGGACUUUUAGGGAGCGAGGCAACCGGUGGCUUCAUCGACAAAUACGAACCCAAAGAAUUGCUUGGCUGUGGCGUGUCUAGUAUAGUGCGGAAAUGUUAUGAUAAAUUGACUGGUAAAGCUUUUGCUGUGAAGAUUAUUGACAAGCUAAGCGAUCAGGGGGGAAGUGAUAUAAUUGCAACUACUAGAGAUGAGGUCAAUAUUCUUCUUUCCUUACAAGGCCAUAAAAACAUCAUCCGACUUGAGGAUGUAUUUGAGUCUACAGCUUUCUUCUUCUUGGUGUUUGAGAUUGCUCCUAAAGGGGAACUCUUUGACUACCUGACAGAAAAGGUCACUCUCUCAGAGAAGCAAACAAGGCGCAUAAUGUUGAGUAUCUUUGAAGCAGUAGACUAUAUGCACUAUCAUAAUGUAGUUCACAGAGAUCUUAAGCCUGAAAAUAUUCUUCUUGAUGAAGAAAUCAAUGUGAAAAUCUCAGACUUUGGUUUUGCUGUCGAGCUUAAAGAGGGUGAGACUCUAAGAGAGCUCUGUGGUACCCCAGGGUAUUUAGCACCAGAGGUUCUUCAGUGCUCAAUGUUCCCUGAUGCGCCUGGCUACACCAAGGAAGUUGACAUGUGGGCAUGUGGAGUUAUUCUAUACACUCUGUUGUGUGGUUUUCCACCCUUUUGGCAUCGUCGGCAGGUCGUGAUGCUCAGGAAUAUCAUGAAUGGAAAGUACAACUUCAGCAGUCCUGAGUGGGAGGAUGUAUCAAACGACGCCAAAAACUUGAUCAAGAAGUUGUUGGUGGUCCAUCCAAAAGAAAGAAUCACUGCGAGUGAUGCCUUGAAACAUCCUUGGCUUCAGUCUACAAAGUCUCAAAAGAAUGACAGAUUUUGUGCUAGAUGGAAAUUUAAGGGUGCUGUAUUGGCUGUUAUUGCUGUUCAAGAGUUCCGUCGUUUCAUCAUUUCCAAAAUUCUCCCUGUCUCGUUUGACAUUGUCACUGAGCAUCCCUAUGGCAACAAGCCCAUUCGAAAAUUAAUAGAUGGCUGUGCAUUUAGAAUUUACGGUCAUUGGGUCAAGCGUAACAAGGACGAGAACCAGAAUAGGGCUGCUUUAUUUGAGAACAAUACACAAAAAUAUUUAAAUGAAAAUGAUGGACCAACGGGUAAUGUCAGAAAACAUGUGGUCCCUUAUGAAGUUUCUUUUAGAGUGUCUUCAUUUAGGUCUGGGAGAAGGCCUCCAUCAACGAAAUCAAGCUAAUCAUCCUGAGAAGUAGUUAGUAUCAACUAAAAGGAAUAAAUGCUGAUGGUGAUGAAAAAAGAGAAUUCCAUAAUAAAUCUUUUUCUAUUAUGAAAGACAUGUUAAGCACAUUUUCGUGUCUUUAAGUAGUAGUAAUGGCUAUAUAGAAUGGCUUGACUUUUCAAUAGUUGUUUCAUAUUAAUUUGUACAUAUUUCUUUGUUUUCUUACCUGUGUGUAUAUUAGAUGAUCAAGUCUUGAGUCUUUGAGGUUCCUAUUGCUUUUUGAUUGUACAGCUUAUUGGGAAAUAUAGCUUUAUGAUAUUAUGAUAUUGAAUGACCCCUAUUAUAUAAAUUAUGUAACAUAUCACUAUAUUUAUUCCGGAAAAGAACAGAUUUCGAAUGUGAUAUAGACAUGGAUUUUGAUAUGAUGGAUAGAGCAUGCUCUACCAAUGGCUUUAAGGGCAAAUAAAUCUCAGUAUAAACCUAUUAAGCAUAUCUUUUUUUUUUGCUUUCCCCAUCGGCUCUAAAAGCUCUGCAAAAUAAUCUGAGCUCUGGAAGCUAAGAUUGUUCUGCUUUUUUUAACAAAUAGGUGGCAGUGUAAAUGUCUGUCCUAUCUGUCGAUACAACUAGUGAUAGGCUUUAUAAGAUAAUUUCUAUUUUAAUGCUUAUAUGUAUUUUCAUGUAAGAUUAGAGUAUUUUAGUGCAGCAGAUAUUUUAAUUUUUUUUUUUUUUUUUGCAGUUGUGUCUAAUAAAAGCAAAAUAGAAGCA